UGUAGUGUAAAAACGUCUCUCGUGUACAUCAAUCACACAUUUGUGCUCUUGUAAUCGGCAGAUUCAUUUCGUGUACUGUAAAAAGAAGGAAUUAAUUACGCGAAUAGUAUAUUGCAAUCACUUUAAUUUAUAUUCUUUUCUUGUGUUUUGUUUUUCAUAAUGUCUGAUUGUAAGAUAACGAGCUUACCAGAGGAGAUCAUAGCCAUCAUUCUCGGAUAUAAUGUUAUCACUAUGGAGGAUAUCAUCAACUUUCGAUGCGUGUGCAAGCAAUUUUGUUAUGCAGCCAAAUAUGACAAGUUCUUGGAAAAAAAGUUAUCUCAAAGAUGGCCCGAUGUAAAGAGACAAUAUAAAAUUUUUAAGAAAACAAAGGAUGGACAAAACAUGAACUUUCUUGCAAAAGGCCUAACUUGUGCGACACAGGUGCGAAACUGCUUGUCUCACAUUCUUUUUUACGAUUAUUAUUACAACAAUAAAUCAAAUCAAAAUUAUGACAUUGACCCAAUCGAUGAUGUAAUCGGAUUCAUUGAUAAUAUAGAUGAAUAUUUGAAUCGUUUGUUUGAAAAUGAACCUUUUUUUCGAAGACUUACCUCUGCAGAUGAGAUGAAAUACUUGUUCUAUAUUGACGAGAUUAAAUACUUCUUAUCACCAUCUCCACAAAAAAUUGAUCGCAAUUCAAUCGAAAGAUAUUGCGAAAUAAAAUUGUCUCACUAUGAAAAGCUAUCUUCGAUACGAAAUGAGUUGGACAGAUAUAUAGUGAAACCUGAAAGACAACAGCUUUUGGAAGAAAUUUGUACUUUCGUGGCAAAAUAUAUUCAAGUUCGAGAAGAUGUAUGUUACACGAAUGUAAGUGCAUCAUUGGAUACAAUCGCACAAGAGGUACUGAAUUCUCUUAGAAAGAAGCAUCCGAACCAUUCGAUAUUCUCUACGUCUGAUGAAACUUUUUCUUAUUGGAAAACCAACAAUAUCGAAGAUAAUCAUUGGAAUGAAACAGAAAGUACGCAGAUUAUGGAUACACUCCAGGAAUAUAUAUUUGGCACCUUGAACUUUCGACCAUGCAGGUCCUUUCGCGUACUUAUCAAUUGUUUGUGUAUAGAUUAUGUUUUACAAACUAAAUAUGGUCAAGAUAUCAUUGUAGUUACAAUAUAUCAUAGCGUGGCUAGAAGGCUUGGUUUACGAUGCGAUGUAGUAUUUGUUAAAACUGAAACCUGUAUAUUUUGGAAACCAAAAUUCGUCACUAAUAAUUUAGACGAUGCGCGAUGUUUUCACAUAAAAGACGAGCAUUUCCCGAUGUGUUUUAAUCAUUUUCCAGAACACUACACCGCGAUAAGAACUAAAGAGGUUGAAAAUUACUUAUUUAUUACUUCUAUUAAUUUUAAGUUAUUAAUGUACUUGUAAAUUUACAAAGAAUCAAUAUAUUACACUCUAUAUG